UUUAAAAAUGCUCUGUUGUUGGGGGGAAGCGUUGGUUUAUUUGUUUACUGUCAAAAAUCUGUCUGCUUUAUUAAUAGAUUCAGGUCUCACUGAUAGUGUCUGACAAGUAAAUAAUCGCUGAUAAGGAAUGUACGUUUUAUUUUUCAACAACCGGCCAAUUAUUACAAAAGUGCAAAUCAUUCUACAUCCAAAGGAUCAAUAAAGCUGGAGAAAAUGUCAGAUCCGGAGGAAAUCCUAGAUGGAAACGCCAUUCUGGCUGAAUCUUUGAAGCAACAGGGGAUAGAAUAUGCUUUUGGUAUAAUUGGUAUACCGGUUGUCGAGCUGAGUAUGGCGAUGCAGCAUGCCGGAAUCAACUACAUCGGGAUGAGGAAUGAACAAUCGGCUGCGUAUGCGGCCCAGGCUAUCGGAUUUAUUACACAGAAGCCUGCUGUCUGCUUAUGCGUGUCCGGCCCGGGGUUGAUUCAUGCCUUGGGUGGCAUGGCCAACGCACAGAUCAACUGCUGGCCGCUCCUGGUGAUAGGAGGAGCUUGCAAUGUCGACCACGAAGGCAUUGGUGGCUUCCAGGAAUGCCAGCAAGUCGAGUUGAGCAGGCCUUACUGCAAAUACGCCGCGCGUCCUGCCUCUGCCAUCCUCAUCCCGCAACAUGUUGAAAAAGCUGUGAGAUUGACAAUGUAUGGUAGACCCGGUGUGAGUUAUUUAGACUUCCCUGGAAACUUAUUGACCAGCCAGACCAGAAGGGGUGAUUUGAUUGAAGUUAAGCCGAUCCCAAGGCCUCCACGUAUUUUUCCAGAUCCUAAAUGUAUCGAAAGGGCAAGCUUUAAACUAAAAGCAUCAAAACGACCAUUGGUCAUUGUAGGAAAAGGUGCUGCAUAUUCAAGGGCGGAAAAUGAAAUUUUUCAAUUUCUUAAUCAUACACGCCUCCCUUGGCUUCCGACUCCAAUGGGAAAAGGCGUAAUGCCAGAUGAACAUCGUGGAAGUGUCGCCAAGGCACGAACCAUGGCGCUCCUCGAAGCCGAUACCAUCCUUCUACUUGGUGCGAGGCUCAAUUGGAUUCUGCAUUUCGGACGUCCACCCAGGUUUAAUAAAGAUGUAUUUAUUAUUCAGAUUGAUAUAUGUGCGGAAGAACUGAACAACAGCAUUUUAUCUGGUGUUGCUAUACAGUCUGAUGUCAAUGUUGCAGUGUCGUUGUUGAACGAUAAUUUAAAAAAUUGGACUUUCGAUGAAAAUUCUGCUUGGUGGGCCAAACUCAUUCAGAAAUGCAGUACAAACAUUUCCACAGUUCUGGCGAUGGCAAAGGAUAUUUCUGUUCCUUUGAAUUAUUAUACAGUUUUUCACCAUAUGCAACAACUUGUUCCUAAAGGCUGUUUCAUUGUGAGCGAAGGAGCAAACACAAUGGAUAUUGGGAGAGGAAUAUUAAUUAACAAUUUUCCCAGGCGAAGGCUUGACGCAGGCACUUUUGGUACGAUGGGGGUCGGUUUGGGGUUUGCGAUAGCAGCUGCAGCUUGGUGCCGAGACUACUCUCCAAAAACGCAGGUCCUGUGCGUUGAAGGCGAUUCCGCUUUUGGCUUUUCAGGGAUGGAAGUCGAGACUAUAUUCAGAUACAAACUGCCUAUAGUGAUUGUCAUCGUAAACAACAACGGCAUUUACGGCGGGUUCACAGAAGAGUUCUGGAAGGAACUGUUGAGUGAAGGACCCAUGAUGAAAACGUUGCCACCUUCAAGUCUUUCUCCAAACACGCAUUAUGAAAUGAUUUCUACAAUUUGUGGCGGGAAAGGAUUUUUCUGCACGACUAUAGAUGAGUUGCAGAAUGCCCUUAAAGAAGGCUUCCAGAAUAAAGAAGGGCCGACUAUGAUAAAUGUAAUGAUCAAUCCUUCUGCGGACAGGAAACCUCAAACAUUCGCGUGGCUGACUGAAUCAAAAUUAUAAUGUUAUUCUUGUUAUCUGUGUUUUCAAAGUGUAAUCAAUUGUUGAAAUAUAUUUUUAUAUGAGUACAAUGUGAAA